AUGGAUGGCAUGAAGGAAGAAGAGCUCUGCUAUCCUGAGCUCCUGAACUCCUCUUGCAGAGGUGUCCUCAGGCCUCCCUCUGAGGCUGUUCUCCUCUACUUCCUGCUCUCCUCCAUCAGUGUGCUCACUGUGUCACUCAACCUGCUGGUCAUCAUUUCCCUCUCACAUUUCAAACAGCUCCACACCCCCACCAACCUGCUCCUUCUCUCCCUGGCCAUUGCGGACUUCCUCGUCGGCUUGUUGGUGAUGCCGAUUGAAACAAUCCGUUUCAUAGAGACAUGCUGGUUGCUCGGUAACAUAAUGUGUGCACUAUCUUACAUUAUCGGCUUCACUCUAACCUCAGCUUCAGUAGGAAACAUGGUGCUCAUAUCAAUCGAUCGCUAUGUUGCUAUUUGCUUCCCUCUGCAGUACCCCACCAAAAUCACACACGGCAGAGUUGGACUGUCCGUAUGUGUGUGCUGGGCGUGUUCCCUCCUUUACAACAGCCUUAUCUUAAAGGAUCACCUCAGACAGCCUGACAAACAUAACUCGUGCUAUGGGGAGUGUCUGGUGGUUAUCAAUUACGUGUCAGGUGCUGCUGACCUUUUGUUCACGUUCAUCGGUCCCUGUACAGUUAUCAUUGUUCUCUAUGUUCGGGUUUUUGUCGUGGCCGUCUCUCAGGCACGUGCCAUGCACUCUCAUGUUGCAGUUGUCACAACUGGCCCGGUAAUUGUAAGUGCAAAGAAAUCUGAGAAGAAAGCAGCCAGGACUCUGGGUAUUGUCAUAGUUGUGUUUUUAAUGUGCUUCUGCCCAUAUUACUAUCCCUCUCUAGCAGGCCAGGACACCUCAAACAGUGGCUUUUCUUGGUCCAUUGUAUCCUGGAUCUUGUAUUUUAAUUCUUGCUUGAACCCACUGAUAUAUGCUUUCUUCUACCCGUGGUUUAGAAAAGCUAUUAAGUUCAUUGUCACCCUUAAGAUACUAAAGCGUGACUCCUAUCAGGCCAAUAUACUUUAA